ACCCCGAAAUACUUGAAAUCACUGUAGGUCGUGCAGCCAAACAUUUUCUUAACGCGGCGACAUAGUGGUCUUAUACGCACCAUCAAGACUACACCAGCGCGCCAGCAGAGCGGAACGACCCUAAAAAAGGGCUCAGGAAGAGAGCGGUUUAAUUGAGGCGUGCGUGCGGUUUGCUGCACCAACGGCCUUCGCCAUGGCCGGCAAAGGCGUCAGGUGCCUCAGUGAGGCCAUGAGAACCAUGAGGAUAUCUUCGACAUUAUUGCCAGCCAGACAACCAAUGAACUGGACAAAACCUCUGGCAUCAUCACUGUCGAGCCGUACAAUGGCUACUACUUCCGAUCCGACCCCGUUCAAGACGAAGCUGCUCAACGGCGGCACCGAACAAAGUUCGGCAGCGCCAACGCAACCGAUAUGGACACCACCCUCGGAAAUCCCAGUUACAAUCUACGACUUCCCGAGCCUUGAGCCCCUGACCCUGGAGGCCUGGCCUACCAAACAUCUUGAUCUCCCCUUCCGCCGCGACCUCCUCCAUCUUGCCGUUACGUACGAGGGUGAUGGAACCAGGCAGGGUACGGCAUCCUCCAAAACCAAGUGGGACGUCCACGGCUCCCACCGCAAACAGGCCCCUCAGAAGGGCACGGGUAACGCCCGUGUAGGCUGGAAGCAGUCGCCCCUGCGACGCGGAGGAGGCAAGUCCCACGGUCCGCACCCACGUGACUUUUCCACGCGCAUGAACCACAAGGUCUACGAUCUGGCAUGGCGCACUGCGCUCUCCUACCGCUACCGUCGCGGCGAGCUGUUUGUGGUCCGUGAUGGAAGCCUCGACAUGCCGCUGCCAGCCGACUUCCUGGCCCUGGCCGCCGAGGGCAGGCUCGGCCGCGAGCUCGAGGACGGCUUCGUCGACCGCAUGGUUCGCGAGACCCUUAACCCCCUCGGAUGGGGCAAGGAGGGUGGACGCUCCACGUUUGUUGUGAGCUGCGACAAGGCAGGCCGGCCCAACCUGUUUUCCAGUCUCGAAAUCGCCCAGAAGGAAGCACGUGCCCUCGAAGUCGACGAUGUUGACGUCAAGGACAUCUUGGAGACUGGCCGGAUUGUGAUCGAGCGCCGCGCCCUGAAGAGGCUCAUCGAGGAACACCAGAGCGAUCUCGUGAGCCGCAUCGUCGUCAACGGCUCCAGGGUCACAGGACCGCUGGCCGGGGCUACCAGGACCUUGGUAGAGUGAAGCACAGCGGGGAGGUAGCAAGAGUUGAGAGGGAAUAAAUGAAAACCCCUCUCAUCAGCAACCGAAAAGGACAAGCAUGUAGCUUGACGCAUGUAAGAUGUAUGUAUCUGCUUUCUAUGUACAAAUAGUCGGUAGGGUGUGGAAGAAUAUUGCCAUCAGUCCAAGCUUACGGGUUUAUAGAGAUUUGAUGCCUCGGUUCAUUCUCACAAACGUGAAUAUCCCUGGUUUAUUUGGGCUGUAUCGCUGAAUGCCCUGGGCCAUACAUAGUACAUUGUUGCAUGUGCAUACCAUGCGUGUGGUCGUGUCAAGCUGUGUGUGCCCUAUAUGUACUUGGUUGGCGCUUUGGGCAUACUAUGAUUGACAUUGUAACUAACCAAAAACAAAUUGUAUCUCGUACCGUUUGAAGUCCCUCGAAUCUCAAUAGGACUCAAUUGACAGUACCAUAAUUCUUUUCUUAAUGCUACCCUACGGGAUAAGGUUCUUUCCAGCC